UUCGCGUUUGUCCGCCAGCCCCUCCCUCGUUCGUUCCACUUCCACCUCCUCCCUCGCAUCGCAUCGCACCCGCCGCCCGUGAUCUCCCGCGCGCCUACCUACGGCGGCCAGAUGAGCUCCGCGGCGGCCGACGCCCUGCCGCCGGCGCUGCCGCCGAUCAGGACCACGGCGGAGCCCGUGGCCUCGCCCUCGCCUCCAGCGGAGAAGGGGGCGCAGGAGCAGGAGCAGGAGCAGGAGGCGGAGCCCACGACGCCGACGUCGGAGGAGAGCCGGCUUCGGGCGCCGGCCGAGUGCCCUCCGGCGCCGCGGAAGCCGGCGUGGGCGCCUCCGCGGCCGCCGCCGGUGCCACCAACGCCCGCCAAGCGCAGGCUCCCGUCUUCCGCUGCGCCGUCGGCGUCGGCGUCGCCGCGCCGCGCCUUCUACCCCGUCGCCCGCGACCUCGCCGCCGUGUUCCGCGCCCUGCCGCCCAAGAAGAGGAUCCGCGCGGGCUGACGGCCAGUUGCGUGCCUUGCGCACUUGCGGGCACGCACCGCGCCGACCUCACCGGCAUGGUGGUACAGACUACAGAGUACAGACCUCUCGUAGAAAUGGUGUGUUGGUUUAUUAUUUACUUGCCCUAUGCUUCUUCUUCUUCUUUUUUUUAGUGUGGUUGUGCGUGCGUGUGUGUGUGGAAUAGACGAAACUGUAGAGUUGGGAAUUGUUCUUAUUUACAGGGGGGUGAUGAAUUGGGGUGGGGGGAGAGAAGAAAUAGAAAGCAUGUAAGAGAGUUCGCAGAGAUCUGUUCAUUACUACAUUCGUUAUAGUAAACUAUAGCUCACAGUUCGCCAAAA